AUCGAGUGUACGUCGGUUUGUUUUGUACGAUUUUUAAAUAUUCGCUUACACAAUCAAAAAUAUCUAUACUCCAUGCGGCAAUGCACAUAUACCUAUUAAGUCGCUUAACAAAGUUGUAUGUGUACAUUAAUAUUAACAAAACUGUAUAUAUUUCUACUUCGUAUACCAGUUAUAUAAAUGUGUCGUGAAAGAUAGAGAAGAAGAAAGUACAGUGCGCCAGUACGUGUGUUUAAUAUUGCACAUUUUAUAUUAAAUUUUCCUUUCUUUCUGUUUUUCCAUGGAGAGAUAAUAAUUUGACAUAUAUAAAUGUACAUUAAUUUUAAUCAGUAUAUUAAUGAAUAGUAUGUAAGAGAGGUGCAAUUUUGUGAUUUUGAAAUCAAAAUGCAUCUGCCGGAGGGUCCAAUCGGCAUGGACAACUUCAAUGCUAUUCAUGAAACGUUGCGCGCCUGUCAUGGCGACCUUGUACAAACCGGUAGUCCAGCUAUCCUCUGCAGUCCAUUACCUUCGCAUUGGCGAUCUAACAAAUCUUUGCCUGUUGCCUUCAAAGUAGUGACGCUUGACGAAGUCAGCGAUGGUACCCUUGUUACAAUCAGUGCCGGUAACGACGAAAACUUCUGUGGCGAACUUAGAAACUGUACCGCAAUUAUGAAAAAUCAAGUAGCUAAAUUUAAUGAUCUCCGAUUCGUCGGUCGCAGCGGCCGAGGAAAAUCAUUUUCAUUAACCAUACAAAUUAGUACGGUGCCUUUCCAAGUAGCAACGUACACAAAAGCUAUUAAGGUUACCGUUGAUGGACCACGAGAGCCUCGAUCCAAGUCGAAUUAUCAAUAUGGCUCUGGGUUUCCUGCAUUGGGACUUUUCAAUCCAUGGUUGGAUGCAGCCUACCUAGGACAUGCUUGGCAUCUCUCACAUCCUGCACUCAUUAAAGGAUCAAUGGGGAUACCACAUUCGGAUCUGUUCGUUCCUAGUUUUCCGCCUACGGUCAUUCCCUCGACUGAAUUGAGCACCAGCCUCUCCCACAAGAGUUCUUCCAUACAUUCAACAACACCACCUACACCCUCAACCGCACUACUCUUAGCCAAUAGUCCUUCGCGUACACCUCCUAGAAGUCCAAGUGACAGCGGCAGUGAUUCCGCACCUGAGGAAGUGCGUAGUGCCUUCGUUCCGAUCCGUUUAGGCAGCGCAAACACGGGAAUUUCCGUCGUACCCUCUUCUACAUCGCCGGAGAGACCGAAUACAAGGAGACUAUUCGAAGGUACACGCAAUGAACUAAAGGCACCUACGACUCUUAUAUCGCAUAGAAUAAAUGUAGAUAAGCGUAGUCCUUCGCCAACAAAAAUUCAGACUCAGCCAGUUUCAAAACCAGUGUGGAGGCCAUAUUAGCGUUUGAAAACCGAGACAAUUUUAUUUGAAGUAAUUAACCAAAUAGAGAGGUUCUUGGAAGGCUAGUGAAAAUAAAUUCGAUUCUGAUGUUGCUACAUGGUACUGCUAUGUACAUGAAUUAAUUAAAAUUUUAUUGUAGUUCUUAUUAUUAUUAUGUUUUGGUUUUAUUUUUUAUUGUU